CUAUCUUGAGUUUUUUCUGACAGUCUUACGUAGGUGUUUAAAUUGAGUGCUUCAGCAAGAAGGAAAAUGCCCACAAUUCAAAUAGAUUGUUGUGUGGCACAAAAAAAGUGAUAUGCAAGCAUUUCCUUUCUGCUUUUAUGGCUUCUGUAGUACGGAAGAGCAUUAGGGUCGCACUGAAAAUAUAAUAAAGUAACCAUAUUGGGAGAAUUAUAUUAAGAUCUUAUGAUAAUAUAGUUUUUCUUGUAAUAUCUCAUAGCCUUGUUCUCCUCGCGUAAGAUUAUUUUGUAAAAUGACACUUUCAUUCUCCUACCAUAUGACAUAAGGCUUGUAAAAUUACAACCGCAUGAACAUGAUGGCUCGAUUCUCAGUUCAAACUUAGAGCAUUAAUUUUUGUCUUGUAAUAUUACAACUUCAUAAUCCUAGUAUUUAUUUUGCUCACAUUCCUGCUUUAUUUUUGCACUGUUUUGAGUACUUUUUCUCAUUACAAUUCUAUAUUCUCAUGAUUGAUGACAUGAUUCUCUUAAAAUCGCAAAUCUUGUAACAUUACGUAAAACUCCAACUUGUACUUGGGUCAUUGAACUCAAAUUUUAAUUUCCAGUGUGGCCUUAAGACUCCUUUGUACGGUAGUUGGCAUACUAUCAGGUAAACACAGUGAGCCACAUGCUCACACGGGUGUGAGGGGGGUGGGGCGGGUCUCUCUUGGGUGUAUGAACGAGCCGCAGGGAAGUUUUUUUUUUCUCCGCUUGUCAUUUCAGGGGUAUUCGCGAUGACAUUGAAGAAGAAGAUGAACAAGUGAGUAGUGAGACCUUCGCAAUACUUGAACCAUUUGAUCGCAUCUCUUUGUCGAUUGAGAAAACAUCCCCCCACUCCUUUGCUGUACAGGCAACAUGAGGCCUACUUCCGCUACAUGGCCGAGAACCCCACCGCCGGCCUGACGCCAGAAGAGGAGGAGGAGAACGUUGAAUAUGACAGCGAUGGCAACCCCAUUGCCCCCGUCACCAAGAAAAUCAUUAUGCCCCUGCCUCCUAUUGACCACUCUGAGAUUGAUUACCCGCCGUUUGAGAAAAACUUCUACAAUGAGCACGAGGAGCUGAACAGCCUGACAGGAACUCAAGUGGUCGAACUACGGCAGAAGCUCAACUUGCGAGUGUCUGGCGCCGCUCCGCCUAAACCAUGUACGAGCUUUGCCCACUUCAGCUUUGACGAGCAGCUGAUGCAUCAGAUCCGCAAGUCCGAGUAUACUCAGCCCACUCCCAUCCAGUGCCAGGGCGUGCCAAUUGCUCUGUCGGGCCGCGACAUGAUAGGCAUCGCGAAAACCGGCAGUGGCAAAACCGCGGCAUUUAUCUGGCCCAUGUUAGUGCACAUCAUGGACCAGAAGGAGCUGGAGCCCGGGGACGGGCCCAUUGCCGUCAUCGUGUGCCCCACCAGGGAGCUCUGUCAGCAGAUCCACGCUGAAUGCAAGCGCUUCGGCAAAGCGUACUCUCUGCGCUCAGUGGCGGUGUACGGAGGAGGCAGCAUGUGGGAGCAGGCCAAAGCCCUGCAGGAAGGCGCAGAGAUUGUGGUGUGCACCCCGGGUCGUCUGAUUGACCACGUUAAAAAGAAGGCCACAUCUCUGCAGAGAGUGUCGUACCUCGUGUUUGAUGAGGCAGACCGCAUGUUUGACAUGGGCUUUGAGUAUCAAGUUCGAUCCAUCGCCAGCCAUGUGCGUCCUGACAGACAGACACUUUUGUUCAGUGCCACCUUCCGGAAGAAGAUUGAAAGGCUGGCCAGGGACAUCCUGAUGGAUCCCAUCCGCGUGGUGCAGGGAGACAUCGGAGAGGCCAACGAGGACAUUACACAGGUGGUGGAGAUGCUGCCCAGCGGCACGGACAAGUGGAGUUGGCUGACGCGGCGCCUGGUGGAGUUUACGUCCAGCGGCUCUGUGCUGAUCUUUGUCACAAAGAAGGCCAAUUCGGAGGAACUGGCAGCCAACCUGACACAGGAGGGCUACAGCUUGGGCUUGCUGCACGGCGACAUGGACCAGAGCGAGAGGAACAAGGUCAUCAGCGACUUCAAGAAGAAGAACCUGCCCGUCCUGGUGGCCACCGACGUCGCCGCCCGUGGUUUGGAUAUCCCGUCCAUUCGCACAGUCGUCAACUACGAUGUGGCGCGGGAUAUCGAUACACACACGCACCGCAUUGGCCGUACGGGUAGAGCUGGCGAGAAGGGCGUGGCCUAUACCCUACUGACCAACAAGGACACCACCUUUGCCGGGGACCUUGUGCGCAACCUGGAGGGUGCAAAUCAGAGCGUCUCCAAAGAACUGAUGGACUUGGCCCUACAGAAUCCAUGGUUUAGGAAGUCCAGAUUCAAAGGCGGUAAAGGAAAGAAGCUGAACAUUGGCGGAGGAGGACUUGGUUACAAAGAGAGACCAGGAUUGGGCGCUGACACCUCUGAUCGCAGCAGCACUAGCAGCGUGUUGGCUUCUUUGAGUAGCUAUGACAAACCCAGUAGCGGGGCCAUGGGAGACCGCAUAUCUGCCAUGAGGCAAGCCUUCCAGGCUCAGUACAAGAGUCACUUUGUGGCAGCGUCCGGCAACCCGCCCAAGCUCAGCGCCAAGUCCAGUAGCUCGUCCGGCUGGACCAGCGCCGGCAGCCUGAGCUCUGUGCCCACCGAGUCGCCCAGCGGCGCAGAGCGUGCCCAGGCCGUCGCCGCCUCUUUCGCCCUGCCGGGCUUUACCAGCGCCGGCUCCCUAAGCACCGUGUCCACCGUACAGAGCAGCGUCCCGACGCCCUCGCGGGAACGCAGCGAUCGUGAUCGAGAAAGGGACCGCAGCAGCCACAACAGCGACAGCCGUGACAGCCGUGACAGCCGUGACAGCCGUAACGGCGAUGAAGGCAGGCGGGACAAAGAGGACAGAAGGAGCGAUAGGGACAAAGAGGACAGAAGGAGCGAUAGGGACAGAGGAGACGAUAGCUUCGCUGUCCCCGAGCCGCCAAAACGUAGAAGGAGUAGGUGGGACAGCUAAUGGUGAAAAGAUUGCAGAUAAAUGCAGCUACUGUACAAAACCCAUCAAGACCGCUUUGUCCGUAGCAUCCAGCAAUAGUAUGGAGCCCCAGGCAUGACCUCGGGAGGGGAAUUAAAAAUUAAAUUAAUUGUGGACACAAAACAGCUCUGAAAAAAAAUUGACACUCUGCCCCCAAUAAAAUAAAACACUGGAUUUUUCACACAGUAUUUUCACAAUUUUUCAUCUUGAUUGAAUGCGCUGAGUGACAGUGCUUGUGUUUGGAAUAGUGUGAGUGCUUUAUAGAAUGAAACAAACAUUAUCAUAUUCCUCUUAGAUUCAGAUUGAAAAACUUUUUAUCCCCGUGGGGCAAUUUGGACUUAACAGCUGCACUGUGCACAAGAAACAUGAAAUACAAUGACGAACAUGGGAUACAGUGCAAAGGGCCGUUAGAUAGCAAAAGCAGAGAAAAUAACCUUUUGUCUGCAUGUUAUAUCUCCUCCAUGCCGUUUUGCGGUUCCUUCCAUACGAUACAUCAGUUCAUGUUGUUGCCCCAUUCCCCCUACAACUGGAAUGCUGGUAUGUGCUUCAUUUCUUUAGAAAGCAGUGCAAUCUUUUUUUAAUACAGAAAAAAAGUGCUCUGUGAUAAUGUCAAACAUGCUUGUUGUUUUUCUUCUAUUUGAGUUGUAGUGAAGAAGUGCCUUCCCCUGGCAUGAAUCUCUUCUGUAUGCUCUAGACUGCUUUUUCUCAUGUUCAUUAAUUCAUUCAUACAAAAAUGUUUUGAUUAUUAAAGACUUUUGAACACA